UUCAUCAUGGCUAACACCGUUGAUCACAUUCCUACCAUCAAACUGAAGGAUGGCCUCUCAAUACCAAUUCUUGGGUAUGGAACCGGAACAGCCUGGUACAAGACCCCAGGCGAUACCUCGAUCAACCGUGAAUUGGUCGAAUCAACCAAGAGUGCCGUCAAGUUAGGAUAUAAUCACCUCGAUGGUGCCGAGUCCUACAAUACAGAAGAAGAAUUAGGCCUCGCAAUUGAGGAGAGCCAGCGUCCUCGGGAUAGCUUGUUCAUCACCACGAAAGUCUAUCCCAGCAUUGCUGAUAUUCCCGGUGCCAUCGAUGCGAGCUUGAAAAAGCUUCGACUUGAUUAUGUUGAUCUAUUCUUAAUCCAUGCUCCUUUCUACGCCACCUCCGAAGAUGAGCUGCAGGCCUCUUGGGCAGCCAUGGAGCAAGUCAAAGCCUCAGGAAAGGCCCGCGCAAUUGGAGUAUCCAACUUCCUGCAGAGUCACCUCGAGACUAUUCUCAAGACAGCCAAAGUUACUCCUGCAGUAAACCAGAUUGAGUUCCACCCAUACCUCCAGCAUGGAGACUUGCUGUCUUUCCACGAAAGCAAGGGAAUCCAAACAGCUGGAUAUAGUGGACUCAGCCCAACGACUCGGGCUCGUGGUGGACCCCUUGAUCCAUUGCUGUCUUCUCUCGCCUUCAAGUAUGGCGUGAACGAGUCUGAGAUCUUGCUGCGUUGGUCUUUAGACUGUGGCUGUGUGGCGAUCACUACAAGCAGUAAUGAAGCUCGCCUGGGUGGUUAUAUGCGCUGCUUGACCUUUAAGCUUACUCCUGAAGAGGUAAAGGAGAUUUCUGAGUUGGGUCAGCAGCAUCACUUCCGUGCGUUUUGGAAGGAUAAGUUUGCGGAGGAUGAUCGUUCAUGA